GCUGAAAUCAGUGGAUAGUGCAUAUGCUGAGUGGUGCAAAGAAGUUAAGGGAAGCAUAUAUGAUAUGGUUGUUGAAGGUUUUAAGAUUUUAAGCAGAUGGACUGGACGCAUCUUGGAACAAUGUGCAUGGAAGUUUUCUUGGCCCUGCAAAGAUGUUCCUCUAGAAUUACAGGAGGCAUCAGCAUCUUUUUCUGACUACGAAAAGGUUGUACGAUAUAAUUACAGUUCAGAGGAAAGGAAAGCCCUGGUUGAACUUGUUAGCUAUGUUAAAAGCAUUGGAUCCAUGAUGCAGCAAUGUGAUACUUUGGCGGAUGAUGCUUUAUGGGAAACAAUACAUGCAGAGGUCCAGGAUUUUGUCCAGAAUACAUUGGCUAUUAUGUUGAGGACUACCUUUCAGAAGAAGAAGGAUCUCUCUAGGAUUCUUUCUGAUAUGCGGACCCUUUCAGCAGAUUGGAUGGCAAACACAAGCAAGUCUGAAUCUCAGAUGCAUUCUCUGCAGCAUGGAGGGGAAGAUUACAUAAUGAGUAAAGCUGGUUAAGGAAGGAAACACUAAAACAUUGUUAAAUCCACUUCACUAAGAAACAAAAGAAUUACAAUUCGCAGUUAAUGUAAUAGGGUGUUCAUGUAAGAUGUUAAUGAUGUUGGGUAUUCUGGUCUUGCAGCUAAGCUUCUAUGGAUGGGUGCUGAGUGUUGGAAUGAGUGUUUAAAGCUUUUGGGCGUUGCUGAAGCAGCAGAAGCAUCAAUGGUUUCUGACCAGUUAAGCUCUGGAAUUUCAGAUUUUGAUACUCACUUUCAAGGCCUCAUAGUUCAGAAAAGUGUCAAAGCACUUGAUAAUCACUUGACUGCUAUCCAAAGAGACCAUGAACUCAGGUCCCAGAUAGAAGAAAGGAAAAUAAGAAGUGAUGCGGCUUAUGAAGGGGCCAAAAGAAAAGAGAAAGCUCUCCUCGAAGAAAAACUCCGCCAAGAAAAAGCCAAAGCAGAAGCUGAGGCAAAACUCAUAGCUGAAGAAGCAAAUAGGGCUGCAAUGGAAGCUCAGAGAAGAGAAGAAAAAGAGGCUGCUGAAAAGGAGGCCAAUGAAGCGUCAAGCCAGGCUGCUGUUCAGAAGGAAGCUUUAGGAUUGCAAACUAAAGCCAAAACCAAGGAUUCUGAAUUUGAAAAACCAAUAAAUUCAGCAUCAACAGGUAAUUUGGCUACCAGGAAAAUAUAGCAACCUUGUACUGAUCUAUAAAUAUAAUAAUU